GUGGGGGGCGGCGAGGAGCGGCGGCGGGGGUGGCGGUGGAGGUGGUGGCGGUGGUGAGGGGGGCGGGGCGGGGCGGACACGGGCGGGGCGGGGUAGAGCGGCACACACGCUAGACUCAGCAGUGUGGGAGUGACGGGGCACCGCGCUGGCUGCCCACACAGGCUUCGCGGCCUCUGCGUAUCGAUUUUUGCGUGGCGCUGGGGCAGCCAUUUUAGCCUGAGCGGCGCCCAAGGGUAGUCGGUGAGUGGCGGCGGUAGCAGAGCCCAGUACGGCGCAGCAGACACCCAGCAGGAGCAGCAGUGAGCGUGGCGGCGAGGCAGGUGAGCCCACACGCCUUAGCACCUGUCCACCCAAACACACCUGCCGCCCACGCCCACGCCACACCACCACCACGCCCGCCGCCCUCCCCAGCAGGCAACACCAGCAGGCGCAGCGCGCGGCCCGGCGGGUAGCGGCAGGAUGGAGGCGGAGCGGUUCCUGCUGAAGUGGAACAACCACCAGACCAACCUGGUGACGGUGUUCGACCAGCUGUACGAGCAGGAGGCCUUCACGGACGUCACCCUCGCCUGUGACGGCCGCACCUUCGCCGCCCACAAGGUGAUCCUGUCGGCGUGCAGCCCCUAUUUCCAGGCGCUGUUUCUGGGCAACCCGUGCAAGCACCCCAUCAUCUUCAUGCGGGAUGUGCGCGCCGGCGACAUGGAGGCGCUGCUCAGCUUCAUGUACCGCGGCGAGAUAAACGUGCACCAGCAUGACCUCUCCUCCUUCCUGCGCACCGCGGAGAGCCUGCAGAUCAAGGGCCUCUCCGACUCCUCCGAGCGGCACAAGGAGACCUCCAAGAUCCUGGAGGCCAUGGAGAGGAAGUUCUGCUCCUCCAACAUGCAGCAGCAGCAGCAACAACAGCAGUCCCAGCCCUCCCUCAACGCCUGCACCCCCACGCUGGGCGGCGCCGCCCUCGGUGGGGCCCUGGUGCCCACGGUGGGCGUCGGCGACUCCCCGCCGCCGCCCUCCAAGAAGUUCAAGUCCCUGGAUGACUUGCCGCGCAUCCUGCCCAAGAUGAAGCCCCUGGCCACGCCGCCCGGCCUGGUGACGCCCGUGCCCGGCCUACUCACACCCAUCACCCUCGCCGCCACCGUCAUGAAGAACGCCGCGCACGCCGCCCACGCCGCCCAGAACGCCCGCGUCAGUCCGCCCACCCCCGAGACGACCAACUCCUCGCCCACCACCGACGCCUCCACGCCCCCCAAGGACCGCAAGAAGGUUCCGUCUCACACAGUCAUCGAGGUCGACAGGGGCCAGGAUGACUGCAAAACCACCUUCAUUGAAGGGUACAUCAGCGGGGACUCGCCUCACCCCGUCUACCUGGUGUCUAGUGUCGGGGGGGUCGCUGCCGCCACCUCGGGGAACUCCACUCCGUCCCACGAAGUCAAGGUGGAGGAGGAGGACCCGCUGGACGACACCAACUCCUUCUCCGACGACCCCAUCUCCGGCCUGGGCGACAACGAUGACGGCUCCAUGGACACAGCAGGAACUGGGGAUUGGCCGCCCCCUUUGCCCCAGGGCGUCACUGUGAAGGAUGAGCCCCUGGACGCCCCGGCCAGCCCCUGCACGCCGCCCCUGACCAUCACCGCGCUGGGGGGAGGCACACCCGAGGGACGCGUGCCAGGAGCCCCUUUUUCCGGCGGUGUCCCCGAGGCCCGGUAUGCCACCCUCCAGGCCCUGCUGCUGGCCGUGCCGCGGAACACUCGGGCCCACGCCCCCCAGGAGCCCCGCGCCACCCCCAGCCCGGCCCGGGAGGAGGCGGCCGCGUCGUGCCACGGGGACCACACCUACCCAAUCACCGCCGCCGCCCCCGCCACGCCCCCCGCCCUGGGGUACUAUCGCUGCAGCACCUGUGGCCGCGUGUUCCCCCGUGGGCGGCGGCACCGUUACCUGUCCCACCUGCGGACACACACGGGGGUGCGGCCCUACCAGUGCCCCUCCUGCGGCCGCGGGUUCGGGCGGCGGGACCACCUCCAGGUGCACAUGAGACUCCACACAGGUGAGCGGCCUUUCUGCUGCCCCUCCUGCGGCGCCGCCUUCACCCACAAGGUUUCGCUGAGGAACCACCGCUGUCCUAUCCUGCCGGGCGGCGGCGGGGCGGGGCCAGCGCCAGGACACCACGCCGCGGCUGUUCCUGCCCCGGACACCCCUCCUGCCCCUGCCCCGGAGAUCCCUCCCUCCCGUGCCUCAGAUGUCUCCGCCCCUGGCCCUUUUUCCUCCUCUCCAGCCACCCUCACCCCCGCCUCAGGUGCUGCCACUGCCCCUCCACCCGCCCCUACCCUUGUCACUGCCUCCCUCACUGACCCUCCACCCACCCUCGCCCCUACCUCUGCCUCUGUUCCCUCCCCUCCACCCACUCUCACUCCUGCCUCUGCCUCCGUCCACGCCCCUCCAGCCACCCUCACCCCCACACCUGCCUCUCUCCCCGCCUCUCCACCCACCCUCAACUCUGCCUGUGUCCCCGGCCUUGCCUUACAAUUACGCCCCUCCUACAGCCCCCAAACCGGGCCCCUUUGUACCACGCCUUCACCACCCUUGUCCCCGCUGUUCCUGUCCCCUCCACACCCCGGCCCCGCCACGCCACGCCCCGAAGAACACCCAACACCUGCCACACCGCCCACGGACGACCCCCCUGGCGGCGACGAGGAGAAACUAGAAGAAAACGAAGAAAACGACGCUUCCUCCACCCCGGCGUCGCCUCGCCACGCCACUGCACCCUCGAAGCUACUAAUCCACAUGACGCUGAAACUCCCCGUCUAAGCCCCCUGUGGCCCCCGGAUGCCCCCAGGAGUCCCGCUGAAGAGGGGGCGUGUGGUGUGGAGGGCGUGGCCUGGACAGCAGCGCCUCCCCUCGCCUGGUGGGGAAAACCUGGGCCCUUGCCGCUGAGACUCCGACCCAACAAGUUCCCCCGUGUCUGAGAGAGAGAGAGAGAGAGAGAGAGAGAGAGAGAGAGAGAGAGAGAGAGAGAGAGAGAUGUAACGUAUCCACAGAGCGUACUAAUAAAGCUUGUGCUGCUAUAAGUAAUCCUCAUCCACCAACUACACACAAAAAAGAAGGUAUUUGAUUGUGAUGUUUGAAGAUAAUCCAAUUACUACUAUUCAUGUUUUGAGAAAGUCCAAUUACUACUACACUAAUGAGUCGAUGGUUGGGGCUUUGAGAUGAUAAAAACCCGACAGGCAAAAAGAGGGAUGUUAUUAUGGAUGCCCCCCAAAAAAACAGGAUCAAGGGCCAGUGUGACGGAGAUGAGCAAAGAGGCCACGCGCAGAUUUACCGUAUGCCUCAAGUUUACCUCUAAGGGCCAGUUCGACAGUUCAACACGCAGUCAUUGCCAGCUCCCAAACCAAACCAUAUUCUCAAUGAUACGUUUUUUUCUACUCAAUACCA